CUGGAUUUGCCUCCCAGUUACUCCCACAAACACCAGACCCGUGAGCUGUGGCUCAGAUUCCGGUGGCCCCGGUUGCUACUCCUAUGAUCGGCCACUGUUUUCCUGUCCUCAGGCUGAACCUUCCUCCUAUAACUUUCUCUGCUCAUCCAUGAAGGUGUCUCUCAUGCUGUCCCAUGCAGUCUCCCUCUCUCCAUUCUCUAAGCCACAGGGUCUUUCAGCUGUUCUGUAAGCGGAGGGCAAAGGCAGCCUCCCCUACCCAUCAGCCGCAGCUCCCAAUUGAAUUGCAUAUGGUCAAGUAAUGAACAAAGGACCUAAAAAAGUGCAAGGUUCUAGGCCAAUGUACCAAACUUCUAACUGCUACCCCCAGGGUCCUAAUCCUGCGACUUAUCCUUUCCCCCAACAGGAAUACCAGGCACAGAGCUUCCGUGACCAGCAGAGAAACUUCCUCUUGGGAAACACUUCGGCAUCUCCUCUUCCCACUGCUGCUUGGUACGCAUACCGCACCCCUCCAAAAGACUAUUACCCAUCCAAACCUACACAACAGUGUCCUCUGUUGCAAGCCCCUCCAGCUCCUACACGCUUCAGCCACCGGGGACCUGCUUCUCCACGCUUCAGAAACCAGGGACCUUCUGCUUCUCCACGCUUCAGCAAACGGGAACCUUCUGCUUCUCCACGCUUCAGCAACUGGGGACCUUCUGCUUCUCCACGCUUCAGCAACCGGGGACCUCCUGCUUCUCCUCGCUUGGGCAACCAGGGACCUCCUGCUUCUCCUCACUUGGGCAACCAGGGACCUCCUGCUUCUCCUCACUUGGGCAACCAGGGACCUCCUGCUUCUCCUCACUUGGGCAACCAGGGACCUCCUGCUUCUCCUCACUUGGGCAACCAGGGACCUCCUGCUUCUCCUCACUUGGGCAACCAGGGACCUCCUGCUUCUCCUCACUUGGGCAACCAGGGACCUGCUGCUUCUUCUCGCUUGGGCAACCAGGGAUCCCCUGCUUCUCCUUGCUUUGGCAACCAGGGAUCUCCUGCUUCUCCUCGCUUGGGCAACCAGGGACCUCCUGCUUCUCCUCAUUUGGGCAACCAGGGACCUCCUCCAUAUAUCCACAGUCUCUCCCAAGCUUUCGGAUCAUUGACAGUAUCUCAUGACCUCUUAGAAAAUAAUUUGUUGACCUUCUUCAAGGAAAUUGGCACUAAAACCUUUACAGCAAAAGCAUUAGCUUGGCAAUUUAAGGUGGAAAGAAAGCGCAUUAACCAUUUCCUAUACAAAUUUGAGACAAAGGGUUUGCUCUGCCGGUAUCCUGGGACUCCACCACUGUGGAGAGUCUUUUCUAUUGCCUCCCAUUCACCACCGACCCCAAGCAGUGGCAGCAGCUAUCAGGAAAACUCUUCUCCAGUAGAAGGGUCAUACUCCUCGGAUUCUGAAGACACUUUAGUCACCUGCUCCCCCGAGGACAUGGCAGGAAACAAAGAGAAAGUCUGUGAAUUCCUGUACAAUUCUCCACCAUCCACAACCUUAAUCAUUCGCAAGAAUGUUGGGAUCUCUAAAAUGCCCGAACUCAAUCAGAUCUUAAACACACUGGAAAAGCAAGGUGAGGCGUGCAAGGCUAGUACAAACCCUGUGAAAUGGACUCUCACUGAUAAGAAGCGAGAAAGGAUUUUGAUUAAAAAAAGGGCAGACGAAAUUCACCAGAUGGAGAUGAAUUUGGAAGAAGCUACAAAAGGUGAGCCGCCAGCUGAGAAGGAACUCGAAAACGGGCAACAAGCCGCCUCAGUGCUUGAAGCUAGCAAUAUCGAGCUUGCCGAGGGGCAAGCCCCAAGUGGAGUUUUUAUUGCUGACCAAAAUGUGCCCCCAUUGGAGGCAUCUGGUGAACCUCCGAGGAAGCGUGCAAAGGGGGGUAAUGAGUUUGAUGACUUUGAAAAUGGCAAGUGGGCCUCUGAUGACGUCCCCGAAACUAUGAACACUAUAAACACAGCCGAUGCUCUUGCAGUAACCCAGGAGGAACUCGGGAUGGAAUACCCACAGGCUUAUGAACCCGUCAAGGAAUUCAGCCGCUUAGAUAAGCUCCUGUCGUGCCAAGAGAAGAACCCUGUUAGUGGCCUCCUGGAAUUUACCCACUACUGCUCCCAGCAGUGUGACUUUGCUCUCCUCAACCAGAGUGGACCUUCUCACGACCCCCGGUUCAAAAUACAGGCAGUAAUCGAUGGUCGCCGCUUCCCAGUGGCUGAAGCCAACAGCAAAAAGACAGCCAAAAAAGAUGCAGCAGCUCUGGCCCUUCGUAUCCUCCUCCGCGAAGAGCAGGGUGGGACAGAAGAUGAGGUUAUGGCAGAAAACACGCAAGUUCCAGAAGUUAAAGAAGAGAAUGUGCCAGCACAGCCAUCUUUCUCCUGCAACAAAAAUCCCAUCAGCCUUCUCAUGGAACACGGGCAGAAGUCUGGCAAUAUGUGUGAAUUCCAGCUGGUUUCACAAGAAGGACCUCCUCAUGACCCAAAGUUCACCUAUACUGUAAAGAUUGGAAACCAGACUUUUCCUCCCGUAGUGGCAAACAACAAGAAGAUGGCCAAACAUCUAGCAGCUGAGGCAGCUGUACGGGAGCUCCUGGGAGAGGGCGCUCUGCAGCCUGAGAAGUUUGAUCCAAGUUACAAUGCCAACCCAACUGAGUUUCCUGCAAUCCCAGAACUUUCUGCAGAAGAUCUGAAAAUGGCUCAGUCAUCCAGCGUUGGGGACUUAAUUAAAUAUCUGAAUGCCAACCCGGUUAGCGGCCUUCUGGAGUAUGCUCGUGCCAAGGGAUUUGCAGCGGAGUUUAAAAUGGUCAACCAAACUGGACCUCCCCAUGACCCCAAGUUUGUGUUUCAAGCAAAGGUUGGCGGUCGAUGGUUCCCAGCCGUUAGCGCAUCUAACAAGAAACAAGCCAAGGCUGAAGCUGCCGAUGCCGCCCUGAGGGUCCUAAUCGGUGAAGCAGAGAAGGCGGCUCGGGAAGGAGAUAUCAUGGCAGAACUCCCGGUGAGCGGAAGUACUUUCCAUGACCAGAUUGCCAUGUUGAGUCACCAGAAGUUCAAUAACCUAACAGCCAGAAUCCAGAAUAGCCUGAUGGGCAGAAAGAUCCUAGCUGCUAUUAUCAUGAAGAAGAGCAGCGAUGACUUGGGCACAGUGGUCAGCAUUGGGACUGGGAACCGCUGUGUCAAGGGAGAAGAACUGAGUUUAAGUGGAGAGACGGUUAAUGAUUGUCACGCAGAGGUUGUGUCCCGACGAGGAUUUAUAAGGUUUCUGUACAGUCAGUUGAUGAAGUACAAUCCAGACGUGCCAGAUGACAGUAUAUUUGAAGAAGCUGAAGGGGAUAUGUUAAGGGUUCGGCCUGGCGUGACCUUUCACUUGUAUAUAAGCACUGCUCCUUGUGGUGAUGGGGCGCUGUUUGACAAAUCCUGCAGUGACCAGCCUUCUGCAGAGGGAGACACCCAGCACUGUCCCAUUUUUGAAAAUGUGAAGCAGGGCAAGCUGCGAACUAAAGUGGAAAAUGGCGAGGGCACAAUUCCUGUUGAGUCCAGCGAUAUUGUCCCUACCUGGGAUGGGAUUCAGCAUGGGGAAAGACUUCGUACCAUGUCUUGCAGUGAUAAGAUCCUGCGCUGGAAUGUACUUGGCCUUCAAGGAGGCCUCCUUUCACACUUUGUUGAGCCUGUGUACCUCAGCUCUCUCACACUCGGUUAUCUGUUCAGCAAAGGUCACCUCACACGCGCGAUCUGCUGCCGCAUGUCACGGAAUGGAGAAGCUUUCCAGAACCAACUACCGGACCUUUAUAUCGUCAACCACCCAGAGGUUGGACGGGUCAGCGUCUAUGAUUCCACACGGCAGACGGGAAAGACCAAAGAGUCCAGCGUGAACUGGUGUCUGGCAGACGAGGAAGCUGAAGUGCUUGAUGGAACGAAAGGGAAAGUCGAGGGAUCCAAACUUGAGAUCUCUCGUGUGUCCAAACUGCACAUGUUUACCCUGUUCCAAGAACUCUGCCUCCUGCGCGGGCGCCACGACCUCUUAGCGCUCAGCAGCUACAGCGACGUCAAGGCCACAGCCGCCAGUUACCAAACUGCCAAGGGACAGUUCUUUAAGGCACUGCAGGAGAUGGGCUAUGGUAACUGGAUCAGCAAACCACAAGAGGAGAAAUGCUUUUCCCUCUCCAUUUAACAUUUCCUCUCCGUCGCUUCUUUUUGUUUUCUUCUGUAAAGGAAUGUUACCAGAUCUGCACUGAUCGUCUUUGUAAAUGUUUAUAUCCCAAUUUAGCAACCCUCUGCUUUCUCUCAUCCGCGUCACUCCCCUUGGCCCCGCCCCCUUUGUUCUUUUAAUUACCGUGUCGCCCGUACACAAGUGGAAACAAACACGUGACUCUUUUUUUUUUUUCAUUUUUAAAGCAGAUAUUGAAAAAUAAAUGUACAAUUCCCAUUUCUUCGUUUUCACCGCUUCUCAUCCAACGAGAUCUCUCCACGGAAUGUAGCGUCAUUGCAGUAUAUUUUCAUGAUUAAAUAAUAUAUAGUGAAGAAUCCAUUUCAGCGCCCCACAUCGUUGUAUAUUUUGUAUCGGUCGCUAUAGCUGCACUACGACCAGUGAUCUGUCACGCCUAUCGCAAACAACAUGGAGUUAAAAUCCAAGAUUUUAUUUUUUUGUGCUUUAUCUUGGUUUGCGGUGGAACACACAAGAAUUGAUUUCAGGCUGGGCACCAUGAAUUAGAUGAAGACCACUACUGCCGACCCCUAGUGAAUGAGAUCAGUUAUCACUACACUGUAUUUUAUACAGUUCCUUGUGUCUUGUUUACAAAUCAAAAUGAUGGAAUUUUCCCGGCACAUUUUUGUCCGAUGGUUUUUAAAAACGCAAGGAAUAUUUCCAUCUCUUUCACCCUGAUGUAUGUAUUUAUUGGAUAGGUUGGGGCAGAUCCUGGUGGUAUGGAUUAACUGAGCUCUUCACCCUUUCUGCCUCCUCACUUUUUAAUUUUUUUAACGUUUUUGAAAGAUUUCCAUUUUUAAGCCCCUCCCACCCCUCAGCCAUAAUGCCAGGUUUGCAUUCUGCAGUUGUGUGAUUUAGUAAAAAUAAAAAAAAAAUUGCGUGCACCGCGGUGCAUGUCUGAUUGCUAUAAGUACCUGUUAAUGCAAUAUUUUGUUUAGAGAAAUAAUUGGGGCACAAUCCAUCCCCCAGACUUUAGCCUACUAGAAAUGCUAUGUUUUUAUUAUUUUAUUUUUGUUCCCGUUGGGUUUUUUUUGGGUCAGGAUUUUUAACAUUCCCCCAAUAAAUUUUCUGGAAAUUCA